CAUACUUGGACAUAUAUCAACCAUCAACGUAAACAAUCAGUAAACAUUGAAUAAAUAAAUUUCUUCGCUAAAUAUUUUAGUUAGUUUGCAAAUUUUAAUUCAAAUCUAAUAAAGUAAUAUUUAAAAAGGAAUACAAGCCGCGGAACCUGCACAAAUGAGAAUGACAUCCUCGUCGAAAAUUAUGUUAAUUGCAUGCGGUUCAUUCAGCCCACCGACACCCAUGCACUUUCGAAUGUUUGAAAUUGCACGGGAUCAUUUCAACCAAAUGGGAUAUGGACAUGUUGUAGGGGGCAUAGUAUCUCCUGUUCACGAUUCAUAUGGAAAAAAAGGACUUGUUUCUGCUACACAUCGAUGUGCAAUGCUGAGAUUAUCUUUGCAGUCUUCCGACUGGAUACGACUAUCGGAUUGGGAAAUACAACAAGAGGAAUGGACCAGGACAAGACUUACGCUUCAAUAUCACCAGAAUUACAUAAAUUCUCUAUUAAAGGACUCGAGUAAUAUAAACGAACAAGAUAUUCCUGCCUGGAUUCCGGCAGACUUAGGAAAAGUCACUAAGCAUGUACAGCUAAAAUUAUUGUGUGGUGCAGAUCUUUUGGAAUCUUUUGCAACACCUGGUUUGUGGAAAGAGGAAGACAUAGAGGCUAUUGUCGGUCAGCAUGGAAUUGUUGUAAUUUCGCGGGCUGGUUCUAAUCCAGAGCAGUUUAUUUUCAACUCAGAUAUCCUUAGUCGAUACAGGCGAAACAUUACUAUUGUUACAAACUGGGUUGCAAAUGAUGUAAGUUCGACUCUGGUUCGCCGAUUACUCAACCGAGGAUUAUCAGUUAAAUAUUUGAUGGAUGAUUACAUAAUUGAAUACAUUAAAAAAUAUCGACUAUACGGAACAACCGGAAGCAAAUUCAUUCUAUCAACUAACGUCGGAGAAGAAACGAUGAAUAUUUCACCAAUAUCUCCGGUUAAUGAUGAUGCAAUAUAUAUCAAAUGUCAAAACGAGUUGAACACACUUAAUACUUUGGAGUCUAUGGACGAAACUGAUCUCCCACGAACGACUUUAAAUAGAGUGUUCUGUUGUACUGCAGAAAACAGUGAUAAGAACAUCUCAUCUAAGAGCGCACGCGGAAUAAUGUCUCAUCCGGGAGGAGCAGUACAGGUUAAAACAACAACCGUGGCUUCAGGAUUAAAUCCUUCAACAGCAGUCAGUACUCUCGAUGCUUUCGUUUAUCAUUCAACAGACGAUAAGGUGGGUGGCUCGAGCAGUGCAUUGGAAAAUGAUCCUCGCAGCACCGCUAAUAAGGCUAGAGCACAAGUUUCACCAACCAAAAAUGUUUCGUGCAAUAAAAGCACAUGUAAAGACACGCAAUCCAAACUUGAAUACCUAAAACUGGGUAUCAUUUCUGAUCCCAAUAUAAAGGGAACAAAAAUGGCAACCAUGAAUACGCAGAAAAUGCAGCCGGUUGAUAGUGAUUCUCCAUUGACCACUGCAGAUCGAAUAAGCCCAUCGAAAAGUUACGACGAUAUGAUAAAGUUUGUUUUCACCGAACACGGCAUACGAGUCAUCAGCGAUCACGAAUAUGUAGUUUAAUUCACUUUGCUACCAAUCGCCACAAAGAAGCUAAAACUAUCUGCAACUCAAGUUUAGCUGGACCCAGCAUAGGUAAGAGUAAGAGAUUCUACUCUCAUUCUGCGCAACGAGAAUGAAUGGCACCAUACUUUAGAAAUAAUCUAUGAUUAAUAAUCAUUAAUGCUUUUCGAACAGGUGCAUAUAACAAAAAGUCAGUAGCUGUCAAACAAGCUGUGAAUAAAUUUAAAAAAUGUGCAGAACCGACAACAAAAAUUAGAAAUAUGUCAGUAGCAAUUGCAAACAGGAUUUCUGUAUGAAUUUGCAAUUUGGUAGUAUUAAUUUUAAAUUUGGUAAUUUUAAAAUAUUUUGUUAUUUUGACAUAAACUUUCGAAUAUAUUUAAAACCAUAUUAAAUACGUUUGUUAGAUCGGUUUGGUCGUUUUCGUCAAUCUUCUUAGCAACAGAAGCAUUAACCACAGUGAUUAAAAACGCGUUAAUUGGGUUUAGUACAAUGACCUGCUUUCAUAAGCCGCACAUUGGAUUAAUCUUUGGUUGAUCGAACUGAAAAACGAAAAGUAAAACAUACAUGAAAAAAUGAGUGAUUUCAGAUAAAUAUUGACCAUGAUUGAAUUAACUAUAACGUUAUCUGCUCAUAAAGCAUAGCAGUCCCUUACGAUUUUCGCAUAAAUUCAUGUAAAGGUUUGAGUUCAAUUUGAAUCCACUUGUUGUUUUAGUUGCAACGCAUAUUCUGACCAAUUGCGUUUAAAUGCAUGCUAUGGCAACAGUGCACGAUGUAUUUCACGAUGCAGAUGAUCCUGUUUUUAGAUUGAAUUUAUGCUUUCAAAGGACAACAAACUGUUACAGCAAACUCGUCGCGAAUUUCAUUGCAAUUCGAUUUUUAUGCAGUUGUUACUCAAAUCCAACUCAAGUGAGUGCAAAGUCACACUGCCUACUCUGCUUUUAAUAUAAACCUGGGGAGGGGGGUUACCAUUUGGUCGUGGUUGAAGAUCAGGACAACUUUUUCCGGUACAAAUUUGAUAUGAGCUGUUUUCUUUUUUUGAGGUAUCAAUAAAUUAAACACGUAAUGUGAGAUUUGCACUUCAAAGUACGCCAAAACACUCAUUCAUUUAUUUAUAGUAUUUCUCGGACGAUCCAAUUUUGCAACUUUGAUUCAUUAGGCGUUAGUAGAUACAUAAAAUAUGCAGCACACGUAAACUGUUUAAAAUUGGGUCCUAAAGUCUUACACGGUUUUCUGCUUUUUUAUAUCAGUUGAAAGAGUUCAAUUUUCUGAGCAAAACGUGAUUUUUAAAAAAUGUAUAUCGUUGUCUUUCGAUUUUUAAAUGAAGAAUAACGAACUGCUCGAAAUACCUUUAAUGACAAUUUCCCAUACACCUUACGUGUGCGAAACUGACGUAAGCAGAGCGUUGAGAAACAACGCAACCGUUGACUUUUUACUAACUGACGAUGACUGUUAAAUUCACGAAGAGGCUUUAGAAUAACUCAUUCCUAUUUGAGCUCCCGUCCAAGCAAGACGUAUUUUUAACUAAUUAUUAAAACUUAAUGUUCUUGAGUUUCCAUCCAUCGUCCAUGAUGUUAAAACGGCUUUUCUCCACGGUGACCUGAAAGAGGACCUUUACAUCGAAGUUCCUGAAGGUGUAGUUGCUGGCUCCAAUACCGUUUGCAAACUAAAAAAGUCGAUAUAUAAGUUGAAGCAAUCACCACGUGGCUGGAACGAGAGGCUAAAUUCGGUGCUGCUCAAACUAGGAUUUACACGAUCAAGACGAGAUUACUGUUUAUAUACUUCAACUACCGAAAGUGAUGAGAUUUUUAUGGUGAUCUACGUGGAUGAUGUUCUCAUAGUUGGCCGAAAAAUGUCCACAAUCAAGAAAUUGAAGCAGCACCUGUCAGCUGAAUUCGAGAUGUCCGACUGUGGUACUGCAAAACAUUUCUUGGGUAUGAAAAUAGAUUAUAACAGAGCGGAAAGCUGAAGUUAUCACAGGAAACCAAUGCAUUAAAAAUCCUGACAGAGUUUGGUAUGUCGGAAUGCAACCCCGUGAAGACUCCCAUGGAGAAAGGCCUCCAACUGAAUCGGGAAGGUUCUCGGACUACUAAGCCAUACAGGAAAAUAUUAGGAAGUGUAAUGUAUCAGAUGCUUUGCGUGCGGCCGGAUCUGUGUUUCCCGGUAAGCUAUUUAGGUCGGUUCCAGUGCCCUACGGAAAAUCAUUGAAAGACACUGAAGCGGACAGUUCGUUACUUGAAGGCUAAACCACAGUAUAGACAUCUUCAAGCGAGGCGGAAUAUGUCGCUUUGAGUGCGGCAGUUUUGGAAGCUAUAUUACUGAAGGGGUUACUUGAGGACCUUCAAUUGUAAAGCUGGGCCAGUUCCUAUCUACGAGGACAACAGAGGAUGUAUUGGGAUGGCACGAAACCCGGAGUCAAAACGUGUUAAACACAUAGAUAUUAAACAUCACUUUGUUCGAGACAAUUUAGCAGCUAGAAUCAUACAGAUUGAACCAAUCAGUACCAUGGAUCAACAAGCGGAUAUAUUGACUAAGUCCUUAGAUUCCACUCGGUUCAAGAUUCUUCGUACCCUAAUUGGAGUCACCGAUUGAGAAGGGGUGUUGAGAAACAACGCAACCGCUGACUUUUUACUAACUGACGAUAACUAUUAAAUUCACGAAAAGGCUUAAGAAUAACUCAUUCCUAUUUGAGCUCCCUUCCAAGCAAGACGUAUUUUUAACUAAUUAAUAAAACUUAAUUAUUCUUGAGUUUCCGUCUCAUCUUUACUCUUUGUCGGACCUUAACACAGAGAGGUUCGCAUAUUACGAACACGCAUUAUAGCGACCGCCAUUAUGGUGCGUAGAACGCUGGAUAACUUUAGGACCCAGAAGUCAGAUAGUUGAGGGUUGUAACGACUAGACAAUUUCUCUCGUCAAAACUCAACCAAAGAAAAAAAUCGUUCAAAAUGAGUCCGUUUCGUUCCGUAGUCGAAGUAAAAGUACUGAACAAUCUUCAACAUUUCUGAACAUCUGGCAUCAUUCCGAAAAAUCAGGACAAAUGCUAAAACAUGAAAAAUAAAUCAGAACGAUUUUAAUGGGUCUCAAAAUCAGGACAUGUCCUGCUAAAUCUGGACGGAUGGUAUCCCUACCUGGGAAACUUCUCAUUAUGAACACUUUCAAUGAAUCACAAAAGAAGGCUAUGCUGAAUGUUUAGUCCUUAAAAGUAUUCUGCUCUUUCUGAACUCACAUUUUACCCCGAAAGUAUCUAACGAUCGUUGUGUCGGAUGUUAAUUUGAUUGUCCUUAAAAGUAUUCUGCUCUUUCUGAAAUGAAUGUAUGUUUUCAAUUUUCGUUUUUCGAUUAAUUAAACUCACAUUUUACCCCGAAAGUACCUAACGAUCGUUGCGUAAGAUGUCAAUUUGAUAUUUUGAAAAUAAUACAUAUUAAUUUUGUGCAAUACGUUAUAACCAUCAUUACUCAUAAGUAUGUUUGGCUGUUGAAAAGUUGAAAAAUAUGAAUAAAAUGAUUCUUUGUUGACAAAAGCAAAUACAUGUUGUUUCAUAAAUAUAUUUAGUUAAUUCGCAAAAAAAAUGCUGAUUCAGGAAGUUAUAAAUGUUCCGAUUAAAAUAGUACUAAACAUCCUUGGAGCUGCAUGACCACAAGGUUGAAGAAUUCGCUUUUAAAAGCAGGGGUGUCAACGCACUGGGUUUAUUCUCAGGUCAGGUUUGGGUACGAGCAAUACUCUCUUCUACAAUGUUGUAGCACUACUUGAGGACUUCAAGUUCGUCAUACUAAGUUGUUCAGAAUUGUGUUCAUUAACUAAAUGAGUUAUCGACUGGCGAAAAAAAUAACGCGAGUGAUAAUUUACAUCCUUGAGUAGAGGUUCAGACGUGAAAGAAAAGAUAAUAGUAUUAUACAUACAAGCAAGGAUAAAUAACAAGCAAGUCACUUAUAAUAUUGGUUUUAUCUAUAAUGGAAGUGCUGUAUACAGCAGACACCAGAACAAUAUCACAAUAGAUUAACCAUUUCUAAUCGCAGUGAGAUGAGAAGUCCAUACAGGAAACAAACUUACAUCCCAGUAACAUUUCAUUUAUCAUUGCGAUCAAUGAAAUUAUCCUUAGUUAGUUAUUGUCAUGAACAAACCUAACAACAUUACCGAAGACACUAAAGAACUAUAAUGUUCCUGAAAAUGCUAUAACUGUUCAGGUUGCACUAGUCGUAAUAAAAACUGAGAAUCAUUUUUUGCCAACACUACCUGUGUACCAGCGUCAGUCAGAUUUCAGUAGUAACCUCUGCAACACAUUGUAUAGAUCUGAGCCUAGAACAUUUACCUACAUUUGUUUAAGGAAUGUUCAUUUUAUAAAACGGACAUUUUGAAUAGACGAUAAAAACUAAACAUUAACUCCAAAUUUGGUGAAUCUUCCUUUAUCGUGUAGUUGAGUUUGUUGACAUUGUGCCGGUGUUUUGGUUUUGGUGUCGGAACGGUUAAGUUUCGGAAAAUGGCACGAAUCGAUCAAGAUACUCGUUUUUGGAUUGUUCAAAAGUACUGUUCCGAGGGACUAUCCUGUAGAAAUAUUGCAAAACUUGUGAAAAGGUCUAAGUCUACUGUGUACCAGAUCAUCAGAAAGUUUGGAGAAUACGAUUCUCUUGAAGAUUUGCCAAGAUCCAAAACCAGAAAAGGUGCGGCUAUUCCACAAAUCGAGCAGAAGUGUGUGAAGCUUUUACUGUCCAAUGAAUGUGACUCUGUGCGAAAAAUUGCUUAAAAACUCAGAGUUAGUAUAGGAACGGUUCAAAAUAUCAAACGAAGGAAUAACAUCAGAACCUACAAAAAACAGAAGACACCGAAACGGACCGAGGAACAGCAUGAACGGGCAAAGGAACGAUGUCAGAGGUUGGAUAGGAUACUGAAAAAGCAAUGAAACUGUUGCAUUUUAAUGGAUGACGAGACUUACUGAAAACUGGACGCAACAACACUUCCGGGGCCACAAUUUUUCAAUUCUAUUGUAGGUAGGGAAGUACCAGAUGUAAAAUGAUCGAUUAGAAUGGACAAGUUUGGUAAGAAAGUGCUUGUAUGGCAAGCUUUUUGUUCUUGUGGAAAAAAAAGUUUGCCAUAUUUCACAAUAGGAACCAUAAGCGCUGAGAAUUACCGGAAGGAGUGCAUUCAAAAACGUCUUGUUGCUGUGUAUCGUCAACACAAGACCCCACCAAUGUUCUGGCCAGACCUUGCAUCCGCCCACUACGCUGCUGCCACUCUUGAAAUGCUGAAGAAAUAUACGAUUAAAUUCGUCGAAAAGGCGAAUAAUCCACCAAAUUGUCCAGAGCUACGUCCGGUUGAACGCUAUUGGGUAAUUAUCAAGCGGUAUCUUCGAAAGGAUGGUAGAGAAACACAGUCAAUUGAUGAGUUCAAGAAAAUGUGGUCAUCUGCAAGCCGAAAAGUUAAGCCAGAAACUGUAAAGAGGCUUAUGAGUGGAGUUCGAGGAAAAGUUCACCAGUUUUAUAGUUAGAUGAACUUAGUUAGGUUUUACAUUUUGUACUUUUUGUUGAAAACUAAACCUUCAUUUUGCAAAAAACCGUCUAGAAAUUGCUUGAAAAAUAAUAAAGAUAUCACCAAAACAAAGUGUCCGUUUGAUAAAAUGAACAGUCCUUACUCAAUACAACCGAGUGUAUAUACUAGACACUACAGGCUAGUUUUGUUGGACAUCCUUCUGACGCCGGUUGUGCCAUGUCAAAUAAACUCUCUAAAUCUGGUAACAGAAAAAUGAUUUUGAGUAUUUGACUCGUCAUACUCAAUUUCGAACAGCUAAAGCUUUUUUUAGGGUCAUUCCAGCCCUUCAGUGUCUUCGGCAAAGUUGUUAAACAUCAAAAUACUAUAUUUUAACGUAAUUUAGUGCAUCAAUUAAGCAUAACUGUGCUCUCUAGAAUGGAAAAUGUAAAGAUUUUUUUUAUUUUCAUGAAACAAAUCAUACAAAUUUGAAAUUCAAUGCGUCAAGCGGAGGCAAAACCAAUCGACUACCGGUAAGUUUAGGAUUGUUUGGGGCCCCAAAUGGAGCCUAAAAAAAUAUAAUUAUAGAAAAUCGACCAUUUUGCCCCGCCCUAAUAUAUAUAGGCGUGUAGAGGGAAGAGCAAAAGUAUAAAAAUUCAUUACUGACCACAGUGACAAAGUAACCUUCCUUUUCAUUAUAGUCGUUAAAGAUGCAGAGGUUAACUCGGUCUCUGGCAACAACAAUUGUAACACUUCGUUCGCUGUUAUCGAUAUAUACAAAGCUGAUGGUAAAUUAAUUCCAAAUUAGCCGUGGUGGUUCUUCGUGCAACUGCACUAGCUUAGAUUUAUCGCGGAGGAGCAACUACGAAAAGUGCAGUCGUUCAAGCUCAAAAAAGCUUACUAAACUACUGAACGCGUAGCAAUGCAAUGCAUGGCGGGGCAAGUCCCCUAUGUAUCUGUUAUGUAUAGGCUGACCAGACAUAUCGUUCUAAACGGAACGGUACCGUUUUUUCAACCAUUUUAAACGUCCCUUCUUUCAGCCAUUUUGUACCGAUUUUUGGAUAUUCUUCGAAAAAUUUUCGAAUGGAGCUCCAACGAAUGCAUGGAACAUCGAGGUCUGGUGUUAUCUAACAAUUUUUUUUUAAAUAUUCGACCUUCUGUAAUUUUUGAGCUGAGACUGAGAUUUUGAAAAAAAAUUGGAUAACACCAGAUUGCAAUGUGUUAUGCAUUUUCAACAAAAUUGUUUUGGAUUUUUUCUGCUGUUACGAAACUAUUUUGUACAUUAUUAAACAAGCGCUCUACUCUUUUUUCUCUUUUUUAAAUGACAUGUAUGAAAACUAGCGCCCCCCUAGAAAUUUUCCUUAGUUGCGCCCAUGAUCAUAUCAAAUAGAUAGAUCAAAUGUUUCUGGUCGAAGUGUUGAGUCUAUAUAAAGAAAAAAACUUAUAUGAUUGUGUUGAUUUCUUUAUUCGUUGUUCAUCUGAUUCAAAACGAGAUACCUACACGUUCCGUAAAAAGCAAAUUGAGUUACUUAAGUUUUCAUCUUACCUCGAAACUUUUGAACGGCGCCUUAAAUCGUAAUAAAAUCGAAAUGAUCACGUAUGCUAUAAUAUCUAUCAUUCGAAAUCAAGAGAUUAUGAUAUAUCUUAUCAUAUGAAAUCAAGAGAUAUUUGUUCAGUUGAAAUCUUCCGAUAAUGACCCAUACUAAUGUAUACGAUUUCGUAUGAAAAUCUCAAUAAGCAUUGACAUUUUAUUCGAAUCUAUUCAAAUGCUCAAACAGCUCAUUUCCUAAUCUGUUUGAAUCGGUCGAUUCAUUCCAAUACAUUUAAAAAUACUAAGCAACAGAGUAAAUUCUAAAGAAAAAUACCGCAUAAAAAAGUUGACUGAAAAAUUCAUUUAGGAACCGGAGUAAUUUCGGAACCCACGAGAAUUUUGAAAUCCGCCUGGAAAAAGCUCAAUAAAAAGCGAUUGUGAGAACGUGCUUAAAACCUGAAAUAUUAGACAAAAUUGGUGCUUAAUUUUUUUCAAUAUGUUUUCUAUACAAUAUGUAGCUGUAACAAACCAUUAAAAGAAUGAAUAAAGAAUUACUAAACCAUGACGUACCUAUAUACCUGCAAUAUUCUUCUGAAUAAAACAACUUUUGAAAACACAUUCCGUUUAUUUCUCUGGUACACGAGUUUAUGCUGAAUACUGUUCAUUACUAUUUUAACGGAUCGGCUGAUAGUAAAUUAAAUGGGUGUGACUUAGUGCUUCUUAUGAUUUACCUUAUAGUUGUGAAAACUUUGGGAAUCAAUCAUACAAAUAUUGAUGAUUGAUGUAUCUAACUGAUGUGUUUAAUUUGGAUUAUAUACUUAGUGUGACUGUAGCAGAGCCACAAGGAACAAAUAGUUCAUUUAUCAGUAAUAAUCGUUUUGGUCUAAUUUUUUAUUUAACUACUAAAAUCCGAGCUUCCAAUCAAAAGUUACUUUUUAACUCAGAUCACUUUAAAACCGUCACGAAAAAGUAACGGGACAAAAUUAUUUGCAGAAUUUAGCAAUAUAAUAGUAACUUUUGAGCAUGUUUUAACCGCGUGGUAAGAAAGACCCGAGUUUUUACUAUUAAACCAAAAUAAAAUAAGCAAAGGUUGAAGUAGUUAAAAUUACAAUUUUCAGACGUCACGAAUUAAAUAAAAACCUAGAGUUAAUGUACAAAGUAAUCGCAUUGCAAAUCUAGAAUUAUGUUACAAAGUGAUUUUUUUUCUAAGCCAAGUUACACAAAAUCUAAACAAGUUCACCAUAGUUGCAUUGCAUUACGUUUCGCUUAACUAUCGAAAGCUCCAAAAUGUAUAUAGUUUUAUUAAUUAGAAUAGCUCAGGGACAACUGUUUAAAUUGAAGAUGAUACCUCGGUUCAGUCAUGUUCACGGAUAUAGAAAAAUGUUCAAGCCAAUAUUACAGCGGCAAUCUUACUUUAUUUUUUCCUGGUUUUUCAUUCAUCAAUACAAUAAAUUAAACGCAAUGUUUCAAUGUCGCAUUCCGAGGAUUAGAUUUGCUAUUUUGAGUAAUUAUUUCACUGAUUCAUUUUAAACUAUUUUAAUGUUUGUGAUUGCUUUAAAAUCAACAAGGUACUGUUGUAUUGGGAUCUGAUCAGAAGUUGUUUGACAAUUACUUUUAGACUGCGGGCUAGAGAAAUAAAAAUGACAACUUAAACUUGCACCAUGUUUUACACAUCAAACCAAUGCACCACUGAUGCAAGUCGUCUAUUAAUUAGCUGCUUCCAAAUUAAAGCUUCCUUGCUAACAAAGGACAAACUAGAGCCAUAAAUAAACGGUUUAAUUUAAAUCGGAAAACUUAUUCCUAGCUGUGAAUGCUGUCUAUGUUAGGAUUUCCUUUGUUGCUUUUUAAAAUAUAUACACAAACAAAUUUUACAAUGUUUAUGGUUGUAUAUACUUAUUACUUGCAGAUUUAAUGCAAA